GGCUGCGCCCAUGUGAGAAGACGUGAAUUCACUAAACAUGCUGAUAUCAAACGUGUUUAUCGAAUAUUCAGUGUUUCUUUUUUAAAUAUUAAGCAAUUUUGUGAAUAACAAUGAGUAACAGGAAGCGAACAGCAUUCACUCUAAAGUGUAAAGCCAAAGAAGCCCCUGCAUUAAAAAAAUAUCGUGGAGAUGUGUUAAGUUUCGCGAAGAAUAUUGAUGAUUCGGAUAAACACCGAUCUUUGAUCAAAACAGACAUAUUGUAUUCAAGAAAACAAAGGAGGAAGGACGAGAGAAAACUGAAAAAAGCUCGAAAACAUGCAUAUCGAUGUGGGAGAGUGCUUCCAGAUAUGCAGACAUGGACUAAAUCUAAGGAAGAUGCUGUUAAAACAGACACAAAGAAGAAGUCACUUCAAAAACUCAAAGAAAAGAAAAAGAAACAAAAAGCUAGAAUGAAAGAAGUGAAGAAGAUGAAAGAAAAAGAAGAAAUAGACAACAGAAAGCAGCAGUUGAUGGAGGACAAUAAGAAGGAAGACAGAAUGUUAAAACAACUGGAGAAGAACCUACAUCUCAACAAAAGGAAGAGCAAAAAUCUUCCACAGGCCUUUGUCAAUGAUGGACUAGAUUUUUUACUGGAUGCACUGGACAAAUCUCCUGAAGAUAUGGAGGAGGAAGACUAUUCAGAUGAAGAAGAACACAAAAAAAGAAAAGACAGGGACAAUGAAGAUUCAGAACAGGAAAUGGAUAGUGAUUUGGAUGAAGAAGAAUACAUGGAAGAUGAGAGUGAUGAAGGUGAGGAGGAGGAUGAAGAAGACUAUGACUUCAGUGAUGAAGAUGAGGAAUCAGAUUCUGAUGAUCAUCAUCAAACAGUUGAUGUAAUAUCAGAAAAAUCAGCUGAUGUCAAAUCCAUUCUUAAAUCUACCAGCGAUGAUAGGCUACAGAAACAGGUGAAAUUUAAAACAGUGACAGAAGAAAAUGCAGUAAAAAAAGACAAAAAGAAAAAGGAAUCCAAAAAAGUGAAGAAGAAAGAUGUAACAUUUGAUGAUGAUGAUGAUGAUGUUGAUGAAGCUGAGGAGGAGGAUGGAAGUGAGGAAGAGAAGGAAGGAGAGAAAUCUGAUGAAAGUAGUGAUGAAAAUAUUGAGGACACUGAAGUUACUGAGGACAUAUAUGGUAGGUUAAGAGACAAAGAGGGGAACAUCGUUAAGAGUUCUGGGCAGUCAGGGAAGUAUAUUCCCCCAGGGAAGAGGAUGCAGAUCAGUGACGAGAAGAAGAAAUUUCAGUUGGAGAGAUUGCAGAAGCAGCUCAAGGGACUUGUUAACAGGGCCAGUGAAGCAAACAUGUCACAGAUCUUUUCUCAGAUAGAGGCUGUUUAUCGUAGCAACAGUAGGGCAGAGGUCACAGAGGCUCUGUCUGCCAUUGUGAUUGGUGCUUGUGUAUCUGUUACCAUGACACCAGAAAGACUUGCCAUGGAAAUGAUGUUGCUCAUCACAAUUCUCCAUGGCAACAUUGGGACAGAAGUAGGAGCCAUGUUUCUUCAGACCUUGGCCCAGAAAUAUAAAUUAGUAUGUAACCAUGGAAACAGAUUGGAGGACAAAUCCCUUGACAACACUGUGAUGCUGUUUGGUUUCCUUUAUACAUUUAAGGUUGUGGACAGUGUUUUAAUAUUUGGAAUUAUUGAGGAUCUGGUGAAGUCAUUUCAAGAAAAAGAUAUUCAGAUUAUACUCAUGCUUCUUAAGAAUGUUGGCUUUACCCUGAGAAAAGACAACCCUAAUGGUCUAAAGGAGGUUAUCUUAGAGAUUCAGUCAGCGGCCAAAUCUCUGGAAGGGGAACAGUCGUCCCAUGUCAAAUACAUGCUGGAGGUCAUUAUGGCUAUAAAGAACAACAACAUGAGGAAAAUACCCAACUACGAUCCAGAGCACCAGGAACAUCUCAAAAAAGUGGCCAGGGGAAUACUGAGAGGAAGCACACUUGGAGAAGGCAUGCUACACAUCAGUCUAAAGGACCUAAUGAAUGCAGAGGAGCGGGGCAGAUGGUGGUUGGUGGGGUCAGCAUGGGAGGGACCCACGGAGGACACAAAACCUGCAGUCAAGAUGGAGUCAAUUGUUGGAGAUGUCAGCGCCCAGCUGCUGGAGUUGGCACGGAAACAAAGAAUGAACACUGACAUCAGGAAGAACAUUUUCUGCAUCAUCAUGUCUAGUCAGGAUUACAUUGAUGCAUUUGAUAAGUUGUUGCGUCUGGGGUUGAAAAACCAGCAGGAAAGGGAGAUAAUCCACAUCAUCGUAGAUUUGUGUCUACAGGAGAAGAGUUUUAACCCCUUCUAUAUGUUACUGCUACAGAAGUUCUGUCUGUAUCACAGGAGAUUCCAGAUGUCAACCCAGUUUUUAAUGUGGGACAAGUUUAAGGACAUGAAGAAGUUAUCUCAGUUACAGAGAGAGCAUCUCAGUCAGCUCUUAUCUCAGUUACUCUCUACCAAAGCCAUGUCGCUAUCUGUCCUAAAGGUGGUAGAAUUUGGCACACUUGGUGUACACAUGCUGAGAUUCCUCAAACAGCUGAUACAGAGUGUUCUGCUGGAUAAUCCGGAGGAUGUCACUAAAUCCGUGUUCCAGAGGAUAGCUCCAUUAUCCAAACUUCACCAUUUACAUGAGGGACUCAAGUUAUUCAUGCAGCAUUUCUUACUGAGGAAAAAAUCUAAGGAUGUGAGAGACACUCCUUUAUUGAGGGAACGAAUAGACAUGGCAGUGAAAGUUUUGUCAAGUAGUUUACAUCACUCUCAGUCAGAAUUUGAUGACUGAUGUUACGAGAUAAAUUAAAUAUGAA